AUGACCAACAGCAUAGAAGAAACUGCUGUCAGAAACUCGACAUGGUGGAAAAGGCGAUCCAAUUUAGAACGUGGAUUAAUGGUGGUAGCAAUUUCCGGGUUUCUCUUAUGCAUCGUUUUGACGGUUACCCUCGGAAUUUUGGCAGGUAACACGAAAUGCAACAGCACAUCCAGGACCAUCGAGGUGUCAAACAGUUUGGAAACAUCGAAAAACAUGAUAUUAAAGGAAACAAAAUACCAUGAUAUGUGUUUAUCACCUGAAUGCAUUCACACAGCCUCUGAAGUAAUAAAAAAUAUGAAUCCUAAUGUGCACCCUUGUGAUGACUUUUACAAAUUCGCCUGUGGAGGCUUCCUCGAAUCCAGGAUUAUUCCUGACGACAAAACUAGGGUGACUGCAUUUUCUAUUAUCAGUGAUGAUCUCAAAGAACAGCUGCGACUCAGUAUCGAGCAGGAAAGUCCUCCAAACGAGUUGAGACCAUUUAGACUUGUCAAGCAUCUGUAUAAGACCUGCAUGAACAAAACUGCUAUCGAACAAAGAGGCUUGACACCAUUAUUGAACAGCCUAAGGAAACUUGGUGGCUGGCCCGUUUUGGACGGAAAAAGAUGGAACGAGGGCAACUUCACUUGGAAAGAUUCCGUCUACAGUUUCCGCAAAUUGGGCUACUCCGUUAGUUAUUUCAUCAGUUUCGGUGUUUAUGCCGACUGGAAAAAUAAUUCGAGACGUUUGAUCAACCUCGAUCAAGCAUAUCUCGGUCUUUCGCGCGAAUAUCUGUUGAAAGGUUUCAACGAGAAAAUAGUACAGGCAUAUUACGAGUACAUG